UGUGUGUGCGCGAGUGUGUGUGUGUGUGUGUGUGUGUAAUAAUUGGAAAUUGGAUAGAUUGGGUGUUUUGAGGGCUGCCACUGCAAACUGCAACUGCGACGAUGGCAGUGUCCUGCCCAGAAGUUAUGUACGGUGCCUAUUAUCCAUAUCUGUAUGGGCGCGCAGGACCAAGUCGUUCAUUUUAUCAAUAUGAGAGGUUCAACCAGGAUCUGUACUCGUCCUCGGGCGUACAGCUGGCCGCCUCGUCGAGCGCCUCCGGCAGCUCUCACUCCCCCUGCAGCCCCAUAUUGCCGCCGUCGGUGAGCGCCAAUGCGGCAGCAGCAGCUGUUGCCGCCGCCGCACACAAUUCAGCUGCAGCAGCCGUUGCAGCGGUUGCGAAUCAAGCCUCCUCCUCUGGCCUGCAACUGGGCGCAGUGGGUGGCGGCGUCGGUGGUGGAGUGGUUGGCAGCGGCCCAUCAAGCGGUUUACUCGGCUCAAAUCUGGCUCCGAGCGCCGGUCUGGGCAUGAGUCCGGUGCUGAGUGGCGCUGGCGCCGGCGGUGUUGGCCAUGGCAUCCACAGUCACAGCCGGACACAUCAAACCAAAGAAGAGGAUCUCAUUGUGCCGCGCAGCGAAGCUGAAGCGCGCCUGGUGGGCUCCCAACAACAGCAUCAUCAUCAUAAUGAAUCAUCCUGCUCCUCUGGCCCCGACUCGCCCCGCCAUCCGCACUCCAAUCAUCCGCAUUCGCUGCACGGCGGUGCGGGGGGCGCGUCCACGGGGGGUGUCUCGGCUGGCACGGGCGCCAUGUCCAAGGAGCUGCCACUGGACACGAGCAGCAGUGGUGGAGGAAAUCAAGGACGCGCUCAGUAUCUGUCGGCCACCUGCGUUGUAUUCACAAACUACUCCGGCGACACGGCCAGCGUUGUGGAUGAGCACUUCUCCCGGGCGCUCAACUACAGCAAUAAGGAUGCUAAAGAUAGCAGCAAUCCGAUGUCCAGUCGCAAUUUCCCACCAUCGUUCUGGAACAGCAAUUACGUGCAUCCCAUUCCCGCCCCCACACAUCCACAGGUUAGCGACUUGUAUGGGACAGCGACAGACACUGGCUAUGCCACCGAUCCCUGGGUGCCACAUGCGGCAGCCGCGCACUAUGGUUCCUACGCGCACGCCGCCCAUGCGCAUGUGGCCCACGCGCACGCCUACCACCACAACAUGGCCCAGUACGGCAGCCUGCUGCGCCUGCCCCAACAAUACAGCCACGGCACAAGACUACACCAUGACCAGCAGACGGCCCAUGCCCUGGAGAGUGCGGCAGCCUACUCGAGCUACCCAACAAUGGCAGGUCUGGAAGCUCAAGUGCAGGAAUCGUCAAAGGAUCUGUAUUGGUUCUAGAAACGGUCUCCAGUGUUAUCCCACGCAGCCAGCUGGUGUGAGGGGAAUUUCUCGUUGAUGCUUGAUGGCAAAAAGGAAAGCGACUCUCCACAGAUAAAUAAUCAUAAAUUACAAAUUACCACAGCACAGCCCAACAAAUAAACAAUAAACGGAUGCUCCGCUCUAAUUAUUAAGAAGGAUCUGCAACUAAUGCAAAACUUAUGUUAAACAACGCAACACAAACAAAACAAAGAAAUUGCA